ACUAGCGUAGUCUCGCGAGCCAGACUAGCAGUGGCUAUGGCAUCUAAAAAUCAACUGAAUGGAAGAGCUGCUCACCGCACUGUAUCAGUAGGUGAUUCACUGUAUGUGUGGGCUGGUAAUCAGGAUGGUUUACCUGGAGUACAUGAUAGUGAAGAGAAGAGAAGGAUCACUAGUAAUAUACAGCACUUUACUCCUUCAACUGGUCAAUGGAUCACUAGAGGUACUACUGGUACUCCUCCAUUAGGAGUCAGGGGCUACUACUGUACUGCAAUAAAUGAUCAAUUGUAUUAUUUCGGGGGACUGUGCGGUCAUGACAAAUGCUAUCACAACAGUAUUACACAACUGGAUACCGUUAGUCUUCAAUGGAGAGAAUUAGAACCAACUGAUGCAACUAGACGAGUUAUGAGGAGAUGUGCUGGUGGAAUGAUAUCAUUUGAACAUGAUGGAGUACACCAUUUACUAAUGAUAGGAGGAUUUGGAUCUAAACCAGCUAUACAACUACGUCAUUAUAAAUAUAUUGAGUUACCUAAUGGAAACUGGCGUACUAAUGAGCACUCAAUGUAUAAUUUAUCAUCAAGAAAAUGGAAUAAUCCUUCAAUUAUUGGUCAGUGUAUGCCACCUGCUAGUCACUUUAUCAUUGAAAAGAUCAACAACACUAGAGCUAUUCUGUUUGGUGGAGUAGAGACUGAUGAUGAUGCUAAGAGUACUGCUAUGAACAAUAUUUAUAUAUUAGAGAUAUCAAUCAGCACUGUGUCCUGGCAGUGUAUAAAAAAACCUGAAGCAAUAUACCAGUGGCCUGUGGGUAGAUGGGGUCAUGCUGGUGCUAUUAUUAUAACUGGAUCAGGCUGUCCUAUGCUAGUGAUAAGUGGUGGGUGGGAUAAGAAUGAAGAGACAUUAGAUGACUGUUGGAUCUUUAACAUCACUCAACAUUCCUGGAUUAAGUUAGCUGUACCUCACUCUGUUAGUGAGAGAUGGUCUCAUUCUCUCUCAGUGUUCAUUAUGAGUCUUCAUUGUGUCUGGAUAAUAACUACUGGAGGAGCUAUUGAUAAGAGAUUGACAUUAGUCACUAAUCCUAACAUUGUUAUGAUAACUGAACUAGUUACUAACAGUAAAGGAGAGUGGAAAGUAGGUGAUACAUUAGAUACCAAUGGUAUGAAUAAUGAAGAAUACAAGAAGAAGUAUCAGCAGCAAUUGCAGGCAGGAAGAAGAAUAUGGUUGGAGGAGUACCAGAAACCAAGAAAAGGAGAUACCGUCGAUAUUAAGCAAACUGUACAAGCUCUUAUGAAGAGUCUUGAAGAGAAGGAGAAGGAAAAAGAGAAAGAAGCACAAGUUUAUCAUCAAAAAUUGAUGCAGAAGGAAAGAGAAGAAGCAGAGAAAGAGCAAGAAAUAAGUAGAUAUCGUCAUCAGCUACAAGAGAAGGAUAGGGAGCAUCAGGUGGUACUGCAGGAGAAGGAUAGGGAGCUACAGGAGAAAGAAGAGACAUUACAACAGAAGGAUAUUGUGAUACUUGAGAAGGAUAGGGAGCUACGUCAGUCUCAAGAGGCAGUUCGUAGGUACCAGCAACAAGCACUUACUGAUGAUCACUGGGUUAUUAAUAAAGAUGAGGUGACUUUGACAAAGGAGGAGUUAGGAAGAGGAUCUUAUGCUGUUGUUACAGUUGGUAUCUUUAGAGGUUUAAGAGUAGCUGUCAAGUCACUUCAUGCUAUCAUCAUCUCAAAUUACAACCAAGGUCUCUUCUCCAGGGAAAUGAGUAUAGCAUCACGAGUACGUCAUCCUAACCUGGUCCAGUUUAUUGGUGCAACUAAAGUGGGUAAUCCUCUCAUCUUGACCGAGCUGAUGAGCACUAGUCUUUAUAAAAAGCUACAGGAGACUGAGUUAAGCAAUGAACAGAUUCUGAGUAUUGCUCAAGAUGUAGCUUUAGGCCUCAACUACCUUCACCUGUUUAAGCCUCAGCCUAUUAUUCACAGAGAUGUCAGUAGUCCUAACGUAUUAUUAAAGCCUUGCACUGGACCUGCUGGUUAUGAAGCUAAAGUAGCAGAUUAUGGUACAGCUAAAUUGCAACAAGGCACUAGUACUGGUACUGUUAUGCCAGGCAAUGUUGCAUAUGCUGCACCAGAAGCUCGCGAUCCUGAUCAACACAGUCCAGCAAUGGAUGUCUAUAGUUACUCUGUUCUCCUUAUGGAAAUGACGUUGUACUCUCCCCCAGAAAUGACAACAGCAGAGAGAGAAGUACAAUCUGGUAGUGUCUCCUGGUCUGAUAUGAAGUCUCUCAUACAAAGAGGACUUAAUGCUAAUCCUAGAGCUCGUCCUACUAUGGCUCAAGUAAUAGAGUCAUUGAAAAGGAUGAAGAUUUGAUUAAUUGUUUGUAUUAUUGAUAUUCUAAUUAUUACUGCUGCCUCUUUUAGUUAGUUUUCUAUUAUUUUUAGUAUAAAGAUUUCAUUAAAUUGUUUGUGUUUUUGAUAUUACUGCUACACAUGUACAUUUUAGUUAGUAUUCUAUCAUUUUAGUAUACUUUGUGUAGUUUCUUUUCUUCAGUUAAUGUUGUAGUAUUUCUAAAAACUUAAA